CGCUCCUUCUUUUUUCCAAAACCCUAUAUUCCUCCCCUUCUUCUCCAAGAUCUGUACAUCUCUCCCGCAUUUCAUGGAAUCACAUGACUUUCUUUACGAUUCUUGUAUUCCUGAGACGGAGUUUCAAGAUGGUGGAGGUGAGGAUUGUGAGGUGAUUGGCGAAACAUUCAUCUCUGACGCCAAGGAAGAGGACGAGGCCAUCGUCAUCCACAACGACGACGUGAUGCCGAUGUUGCCCAAAAUGGUAAUCGACCUUGAAGCUGAGGAAGAUUGUGUUAUUCUUAUUGGGAGCGAUGAGGAUGGCAGUUAUGAUGCAGAUACUAACAGUGAUGAUAUGGAGGGGUCUGAAACUAUUGAGAAUCAGAUUUCUCCAUGAAUGAACUCAAGCAUGCACCUCCAUAUCGAUAUGUUGAACAUAUUAAUUCCCAUCCCAGAUUCAAAAUUUUGGGCUUCAAAGUACAAGUAUAGAAGUUACUUUCCUUUCACUAUAAAUCUGUUUGAUUUUAUUGUGCAAUGAAUUAUGAACCUUUGA